AUGAUAGGGCGCGCGGGAAGACAGAAGUUAAGUCCACGUGGUGUAUUAACAGAAGCGGUAGUGGAAGACUUGCCUUUUGAAGAGUUUAUACGAGUCAAGGUGCUGUCGUCCGGGAGCUCCGACAACACAGCGCUGGUCAUCCUCACGGUGGUGCUCGUGGCCUGCGUGGUUGGUAUCCUCAUCGCCACGGUAACGGUGUACUGCCUCAAGAAGCGGUCCAAUGAGAAGGCCAAGGUGACAGAGCUGAAGCAGUCCGAAGGUGAAAACGGCAACGAGGCUUCUGCUGAUUACCAGGACCUAUGCCGUCAACGCAUGGCGACCAAGUCGGACAAGCCUGAACCGCUCACCCGCGUGAGCAGCGUGGCGGCCAGCGAUGGCGCUCAACCCAGUCCAUCCAGCCGCAGCAGCACGUCGUCAUGGAGCGAGGAACCCGUCCAGUCCAACAUGGACAUCUCCACGGGUCACGUGGUCCUGAGUUACAUGGAGGACCAUUUGAAUAACAAAGAUCGUAUGAGCAAGGAGUGGGAGGCCCUCUGUAGUUACGAGGCUGAUCCCUGCAACCAGGACGCUGGCAAGGCACCAGAGAAUGAGAACAAGAACAGGGUUAAGACUGCCAUUCCUUAUGACCACACGAGGGUGAAGUUGACGGAGGCCACCAGCGCCAAUAAGUCGGAUUACAUCAAUGCCAGUGCUAUUAUGGACAUUGACCCCAGAGCUCCGGCUUACAUUGCCACCCAGGCUCCACUAGCCAACACCCUGGCCGACUUCUGGCAGAUGGUCUGGGAGCAAGGAUCGGUGGUGAUCGUCAACCUUACGCACAUGUCUGAGACGGACAUCAACCGAUGCCGUUACUGGCCCGAUGAGGGAAGCGCCCUCUAUCAUUUCUACGAGGUGCAUCUGGUUUCUGAGCAUGUCUGGUGCGAAGACUACCUGGUCCGAAGCUUCUAUCUGAAGAACUUGGAGACCCAGGAGACGCGUACGGUAACCCAGUUCCACUUCCUGACAUGGCCCGAGACUGGAGUCCCUCCAUCACCGAAGUCAUUACUGGAAUUCAGAAGGUCAGUAUAUAAUCAUCAUCAAAUCAUCAUCUCUACAUGUACCUCCUUUCACACCUCCCUGGGGACCCAAUUCAUAAUUACUUACAAUGAUUUUAACUUUACCAUUGUGUGAACAGUCCCCUGGGGGGCCCAUUGCAUAAAGAUUGACAAUUAUUCUAACUUUGCCAUCGUGGAAACUACUACGGCAAUAGGGCUCAGCAGCCAAUCAAAAUCAAGGUUUCUAUCACAAUGACCAAAGUUGGGCAAAAUUGGCAAAAAAUAGUUGCCAUUGAAUGUUGCCAUUAUGGAGAAAGUUGCUAUAUUGCCAUUCUUUAACAGUUUUUUUUAUAGGGCUACAAAAUGGUUAUAAAACAGAUGCAAAAACGGAAAGAGAACAGCUACAAAUGGCAAGUUGCUCAUUGUAUACAGUAUUCACAAUUAUGGAAAAAGUUGUCAUAGUUGCAAGUGUUUAUGAAAUGGGGUCCUGUUUAGGAAAAAUACCUGUGGAUUCCAUGUAUUAUUUCAGCCCUCAAAAAUCAAAACUCCUGAUGAUUGUAAUAUAACACAUUCACAACUGCCUGAACCAGUAAAGUUCUAAUAGAUUAUGAUUGAGCAACAAGAAUUCCUUUCCCCUUCAAAGAAGAUGUUUUUUGUUCACAUCCUACCUCCUGUGUUAGUGCAAUAUUCUUUCACUCUACAAAGGAGAAAUUCCCACAAUUGUUCUUGCAAUUUUGAAGAAAAAACUGGUAUUUUUCAUGAUGGGCAGGUGUGAAAGCCCCAAAUGUCUAUCCCACAGCCCUCCUCACCCAUCGCAUGUAGAAUCAACAAGUAAUAACUACUCAUGAUAAUAAUUAGCAUGGUAUUAAGCAUUGUAUAUAACACUAGUGAUGAUAAGAGUCAAGAUUGGCAAAUCGGAGUUGCAAAGAACUGCAGAAGAAUGAAAAUCCUCUAUAGACUUUUGUACACACUCUUGAGACCUAGCCUGAAAGCGAGACCUAGACUGGACUAGGUCUGGAUACUGGUCUUGGCACCAUCUCUGAUGAUUAGACUGUUGGAAUCUGUUCCUUGACUGAGAAACUUGAAAUCCAGUCCAGGACCUGGAGUAGCUGCUUAUGGUUUUUAUACUGGUGUGUACCAGUGUUGGAUUCUUGAGGCAUGUUUCAGUACAGUGAUUGUGUGUCUCAUGAAUGCAUCAUGUAUGUUGGUUAGGUCAUAAAAGACUUUUGAAAUAGAGUAAUAUAUAUAUUUUAAAAAUAGAGGGAUACACAUGUUAUAGGGAGAGGAAAGAGGAAGGGAGGGGUGGAGGGGGAAAAAAUUGCGUGAUAAGGAGAGAGGGGAGAAAGAAAGAUAAGUAGAGGCAGAUAGAUGGAGAGGGAGAAAAGAGUGAUCUGGGGAAGUAUUCUAUUCUUAUAUUGAAAAUUUAUAAAAUUCUGGAAUAGACUGUCAAGAAGAUUAGAAGGCAAGGAUGACAAGGGAGCUUGCUCCUUCUGUUUCUCUCUUUAUUUUAGUAUCAAUUUUCUUCUUUCCUGUCGUAAAGUUUUACUUGUAAUUGUGCAAAUAGAGGCCAUAGUUUAUAUAUUCAUGACUCACAAUUCCACACAAAAAAAUUGAAUUCAAACUCUGCUAAUGGACCUUAGUGUUGAACCAUUCAAGCGAGGUGACUGAAUUGCUGAGAGAGGAAAAUGAAAUUGACAGAUACAGCUAAAAAUAUGGUUGCCUAUAAAUUAUGGUCAUGUUUUCUUAUUUUCCCUCUGCAUAAAAGUUGGAUAGCAAUCAUAGAAAAUCCUAUAAAUAAACAUGGAAUAGU